GGCAGCCAACACAUUGAUGACGCGCCUGGGUUUCCUUCUGGGAGACAAAGUGAGCGAGGGGCCAGCCGGUACCCAGUACAGCAUGGAGGAACCCGAGGCGAGACAGGGCCAGAACCAGAGGAUCAGCCCGUGCUCCACCCUGACCAGCAGCACUGCCUCACCCCCUGCAGGCAGCCCCUGCUCCACCCCCCCUGCUAUGCCUGGCCAGGCCGGCAACAGGGACUGCGCCUACGGCUCCGUCACCAGUCCCACCUCCACCCUGGAGAGCAGGGACAGCGGGAUUAUCGCCACGUUGACCAGCUACUCGGAGAACAUGGAGCGAGGCGGCAAAUACGGCGAGGGCUCCCGGGGAAACCUGAAACUGUGGCAGUCCCAGAAAUCAGGCAUGGACUCGUUCCUGUACAGGGUGGAUGAAAACAUGACCGCCUCCACCUACAGCCUCAACAAAAUCCCCGAGCGAAACCUGGAGAGCAUGUCCUCCCACUCCGCCCACUCCAUCCCUCUGUACCUCAUGCCCCGCCCUAACUCUGUGGCUGCUACCAGCUCAGCCCACCUGGAGGACCUGGCGUACCUGGAUGAGCAGAGACACACUCCGUUACGCACAUCGCUGCGCAUGCCCAGACAGAGCACCACCUGCGGGCCGGGUCGCUCCGGGCAGGACCUGAGAGUGCGUUUUGCACCCUACCGGCCUCAAGACAUCGCCCUCAAACCCCUUCUGUUUGAGGUGCCCAGCAUCACCAUGGACUCCGUCUUCACGGGCCGCGAGUGGCUCUUCCAGGAGAUCGACGCCCACCUCAACAGCCCCAACGCCAGCACCAACCGCGGCGUGGCGGUGGUGGGCAACAUCGGCUUCGGCAAGACCGCGAUCAUCUCUCGCCUGGUGGCUCUCAGCUGCCACGGCACCCGCAUGAGACAGAUCGCCUCCGACAGCCCCCAGGCCUCGCCCAAACAUGGAGAGGGGCUCCCUCUCACUCAGCCUCAGCCCACGCAUGGCACCCUGGGAGGAGGCAGCUGUCCCGGGACCCCCGAGAUGAGGCGACGUCAGGAAGAAGCCAUGAGGAGGCUGGCGUCUCAGGUGGUGGCGUAUCACUACUGCCAGGCAGAUAAUGCCUACACCUGCCUGGUGCCUGAGUUUGUGCACAAUGUGGCAGCUCUGCUGUGCCGCUCGCCACACCUGGUCGCCUACAGGGAGCAGCUGCUGAGGGAGCCGCACCUCCAGAGCAUCCUGAGUCUGCGCUCCUGCGUCCAGGACCCUCUGGCCUCCUUCAGGAGGGGGGUCCUGGAGCCCCUGGAUGCACUUUACAAAGAGAGGAAGAUCAACUCUGAGGAGGACCUCAUCAUCCUCAUAGACGGUCUGAACGAGGCAGAGUUCCACAAGCCGGACUACGGAGACACCAUCGUGUCCUUCCUCACCAAAACCAUCAACAAGUUCCCUCCAUGGCUCAAACUGGUGGUGACAGUCAGAACCACGUUACAGGAGAUCGCCAACGAUCUGCCGUUCCACCGCAUCUCUCUGGACGGCCUGGAGGAGAACGACGCCAUAGACCAGGACCUGCAGGGCUACAUCCUGCACCGCAUCCACAGCAGCCCGGAGAUCCAGAACAACAUCUCGCUCAACGGCAAGAUGGACAACACCACCUUCGGCAAGCUCAGCGCCCACCUCAAGGCCCUGAGCCAGGGCUCCUACCUGUACCUCAAGCUCACCUUUGACCUCAUCGAGAAGGGCUACCUUGUCCUCAAAAGCUCCAGCUAUAAGGUGGUUCCAGUCAACCUGGCGGAGGUUUACCUGCUGCAGUGCAACAUGCGCUUCCCCACGCAGUCGUCGUUCGAGCGGGCGCUUCCUCUGCUCAACGUGGCCGUGGCCUCGCUCCAUCCGCUGACCGAUGAGCAGAUUUAUCAGGCCAUCAACUCUGGUUCGCUGCAGGGCACUCUGGACUGGGAGGAUUUCCAACAGCGUGUAGACAACCUGUCCGUCUUCCUGGUGAAGAGGAGGGACGGUACCAGGAUGUUUGUUCACCCGUCCUUCAGGGAGUGGCUGAUCUGGAGGGAAGAAGGAGAAAAGACUAAGUUCCUCUGUGACCCGAGGAGCGGUCACACCCUGCUGGCCUUCUGGUUCUCCCGGCAGGAGAACAAGCUGAACAGACAGCAGACUAUUGAGCUGGGCCAUCACAUCCUCAAAGCACAUAUCUUCAAGGGUCUCAGCAAGAAAGUUGGAGUUUCCUCAUCCAUCUUGCAGGGCCUGUGGGUAUCCUACAGCACAGAGGGCCUUUCAGCUGCACUUUCUUCGCUCCGAAACCUCUACACUCCCAACAUCAAGGUGAGUCGUCUGCUGAUGCUCGGCGGUGCCAACGUGAACUACCGCACCGAGGUCCUGAACAACGCCCCCGUCCUGUGUGUCCACUCCCACCUGGGCUACAUGGACAUGGUCGCUCUGCUGCUGGAGUACGGCGCCUCGGUCGACGCUCCGUCCGAGAGCGGCCUCAUGCCGCUGGGAUACGCCGCCGCCGGGGGACACAUGGCCAUCGUGACGGCGCUGUGCCGCAGGAGAGCGAAGGUGGACCACCUGGAUAAGAACGGCCAGUGCGCUCUGGUUCACGCGGCCCUCAGGGGUCACAUGGAGGUGGUGAAGUUCCUGAUCCAGUGUGAUUGGAGCAUGGGGCCACAGCAGCAGGAGCAGUCUCCACAAAACCAACAACAGGCGUCCUUCACCAAGAGCCACGCGGUCCAGCAGGCCCUCAUCGCUGCAGCCAGUAUGGGAUACACAGAGAUUGUGUCCUACCUGCUGGAUUUGCCAGAGAAAGAUGAAGAGGAGGUGGAGCGGGCGCAGAUCAAUAACUUUGACACCCUGUGGGGGGAGACAGCUCUGACCGCAGCCUCCGGUCGGGGGAAGCUGGAGGUUUGUCGUCUGCUGCUGGAGCAGGGGGCGGCCGUGGCCCAGCCCAACAGACGAGGAAUCGUCCCGCUGUUCAGCGCCGUCCGACAGGGACACUGGCAGAUCGUGGACCUCCUCCUCACACAUGGCGCCGAUGUCAACCUGGCUGACAAGCAGGGUCGGACUCCUCUAAUGAUGGCCGCCUCAGAGGGACACCUGGGGACUGUUGAGUUUCUACUAUCUCAAGGAGCCUCUCUGUCUCUGAUGGAUAAGGAGGGUCUGACGGCUCUGAGCUGGGCCUGUCUGAAGGGACAUCUACCCGUCGUCCGCUGCCUGGUGGAGAGCGGCGCUGCCACCGACCACGCCGACAAGAACGGACGCACGCCCCUCGACCUGGCAGCCUUCUACGGCGACUCGGAAGUGGUCCAGUUCUUGGUUGACCACGGGGCCAUGAUCGAGCAUGUAGACUACAGCGGGAUGCGACCCCUCGACAGGGCGGUGGGCUGCAGAAACACGUCGGUGGUGGUCGCCCUGCUCAAGAAAGGAGCCAAGAUAGGUCCAGCCACAUGGGCCAUGGCCACCUCCAAACCCGACAUCAUGAUCAUCUUACUCAGCAAACUCAUCGAGGAGGGGGACAGCUACUAUAAGAAGGGGAAGGUGAAGGAGGCAGCGCAGCGUUAUCAGUAUGCCCUCAAAAAGUUUCCACGCGAAGGCUUCAGCGACGACCUCAAGACAUUCAGGGAACUCAAAGUAUCGCUCUUCCUCAACCUGUCCCGAUGUCGGAGGAAAAUGAACGACUUUGGGAUGGCUGAGGAAUUUGCUACAAAGGCACUCGAACUGAAACCAAAAUCCUAUGAAGCAUACUAUGCCAGAGCACGCGCCAAGCGUAGCAGCAGACAAUUUCCUGAAGCCUUAGAGGACCUGAAUGAAGCCAUGAGGCAGUGCCCCAACAACCGAGAGAUCCAGCGGCUGCUCCAGAGGGUGGAGGAGGAAUACCAUGAGCUCAGCCAGGAGGAGCACCAGCAGCUGGAGCUGGAGCCUCCCCCCUCUCCUCCUCCUACGCCUCCCCCAGAAGACGAGGAGUCCUUGUCCCUGUCCCUCUCCAUGCCUCUCCCCCCUCCCCCAGAGCCCCGUCUGGAGGACAUGGAGCCCGUCCAGGACCUGUUCGAGGACGAGGACUACCUGGAGCAGGAGCUGGAGGCCAUGUCUGUGGGUCUGCCCCCACCCGAGUCUCACUCCAAUCCGUCCAGCCUCCCCAUCAUUCAGAGCCCACCGCUCUCCCCGACACAUCCGGAUCAGAUCUACUUAGCCGGGGGUUCGCCCAUGGGCCAGCCCUACGAAUAUCACCCCACCUCCUCCUCCAUGUCCUCUCCGACCCGCGGGUCGUACCAGCCCACGUCGCCCUCCCUCUCCCCGACACAUCAGAACCACUAUCGACACAGCCCGCCUCAUACCUCCCCGGUGCACCAGUCGUCCUACGGCUACAGCCCGCCUUCUAUGGGUCCUGGGGGUCAGGGGAUGGAUCACCAGAGCCCACCGCCUUCCCCUCUACGUCGGGCUGCUCAGUACAGAGCCAGUCCGCCGGUAGAGAGUGUUUGUCUGUACAGGUCCCAGUCUGGGUCUCCCGUGCGUUACCAGACGGAGCAGCUCCCCGGCCGACCCAAAUCUCCCCUCUCCAAGAUGAGCAGCCAGCGUUCGUUCCAGCUGAGCUCUCAGCCUUCUCUGUCCUCGCAGCACCACCAAGCCCAAGGCCUUCGUCUUCAGCCUUCCAUAGCCCAAAUAGUCCGCACAAACCAGCCCAGCAACGUGAUGGGCAACAGCAUGUACGGCGGCCAGAUGGGCCACUCCAUGGGUGGUCGCUAUCAGGGGGGUUCGGUGGACGUUGAGAGCCGACUGGUGUACCAGCCGUCUCUGGAUGGACGGUCCAUGCCCCAGGUCCAGGCCAGCCUCAGCUCUGGGGCCCUCUGUCAGCACGGCGGCCGAGGAGGGGUUAUGGAGUCGGGCCUGUUGAAGGAUGAGCUACCCCAGCGCCCCUCCUCUGCCUACCGCCAGCAGCGGGGGCCCGGGGGCAUCCGUUACAGCCAGACGCCUCAGAUAAGCCGUAGCCAGUCGGCCGCCUACUACCCGGUCUCCGAACACGUUAUGGAGCGAGCCAAUGCCAUGCCCCCUUGCCAGCUGGGCUCUCCUGAGAUCCCACACAUGGUGAGACGCCCCGUCAGUGCCAAUACUACUGAGAUGAAGCAGCACGUGCCCACCCCCAGGCCUCUCAUCCACUCUCAGAGCGUAGGCCUUCGAUUCUCCCCCUCCAGCAACAACAUCUCAACUGGGUCCACCUCGAAUCUAGCGCCGGGUUUCAGGCCGUCCUCCUCCAUCCAGCAGAUGGAGAUCCCCCUGCAAGCCACUUACGAGCGCAGCUGCGAUGACAUCUCUCCCAUCUCCCCCUCCCAGGGCGGUGGGGGCCUGUAUCCGGGCGAGAGCACCCGCUCACGGAACACGCCCUUCAUGGGCAUCAUAGACAAGACGGCGCGGACGCAGCAGUACCUGCAUCAGCCCUCGCGGUCCAGGGCCAUGGACUCCGCCAUCAGCCCCACUUCGCCUGGCCAGCUGGUCCAGCAAGGCUCCACCUACAGCCCCCCCGCCUCGCUGGGCAACAUCGCCUACUACAACAAGACCAACAACGCCCAGAACGGACACCUGUUGGAGGAGGACUACUACACCCAGACCCAGCCCCCCUCGCUGGGCAAGCUGGCCAACGGCUCCCGCGGCAAUGGGGACAUCCUGGAGCGGGUCAGCCAGGUGCCCACCUACCCGGAUGUGAAGGUGGCGAGGACUCUGCCCGUGGCUCAGGCCUACCAGGACAACAUGUACCGCCAGCUCUCGCGUGACUCCCGGACCCAAGGCCCCACCUCCCCCAUCAAACCAAAGAGACCAUUUGUGGAGUCAAAUGUGUGAUGGUCUGUCUGUGACUGGUUGGUUGGA